GGCGGCGUGGGUUGGGUCUGGGGUGGGUGGCUGCCAAAUUCUAGGGAUGUGCUGUCACAGGGUGUGGGGAGAAAGCAGGGCCUUGGAGGGUAUUGAGCCAUCGGGAUGCCGUGGGCACGCCUGCAUCCUAUGGGUGCUCCAGGCAAAGGCGAGGAAUCGGGAAGCCCGGCAGGUGUUUUCCCAGGAUCGAAGCAGUCUUCCUGAGCCAACCUGAGGUUUGUGUGGGCAGGUGAUGUGGAACACGGCGGUCCAUGCGGAGUUUGUCCACGAUCACGCUGAUUAUGGCUUUGAAACAUCGGGUGUGAAGUUUAACUGGAGGACCAUCAAGGAGAAGCGUGACGCCUACGUGCGGCGCCUCAAUGACAUCUACGAGAGCAACGUUAAGAAGGCUCGCAUUGACAUCAUCCGGGGCUACGGCAAGUUCACCGCGGAUCCCGAGCCAACCGUGGAAGUGGAUGGGAGAAAGUACACGGCUCCUCACAUCCUGAUAGCCACCGGGGGGCGCCCGGCUGUCCCUUCUGACAGCGAGGUUCCUGGCGCCAGUCUGGGGAUGACCAGUGACGGCUUCUUCGACCUGGAGGAGCUGCCCAGGCGCAGCGUCAUUGUCGGGGCUGGCUACAUCGCGGUGGAGAUCGCGGGGAUCCUCUCCACGCUGGGCUCCGAGUCAUCCCUGCUCAUCCGUCACGACCAGGUCCUGCGAACCUUUGACUCCCUGAUCAGCUCAAACUGCACCCAGGAGCUGGAGAACACCGGGGUGGAUGUCUGGAAGCACACACAGGUCAAGAGGGUCGCUAAGUCUUCGUGUGGGCUGCUGGAUGUGACGGUGACCUCGGCAGUGCCUGGCCACAAACCGACCGAGGGGGUGAUCCGGGAUGUGGACUGCCUGCUGUGGGCCGUGGGGAGGCAGCCCAACUCCGAGGGGCUGUGCCUGGACCGAGUGGUGAGAUGGCAGCACGUCCCUUCCGUGCUGGGGGGACGAUGCCCACAGGUCUCUCUGGGUGUCCCACGGGUAUUUGGGGUUCCUUUAGGUCUCCAGCGCCUGUCACAGGAUGGUGUUCCCACUGCUUGCCCCUGUCUGGGAAUGCUGUGGCCACCAGCACAGGUGCCCCAUGGGCCAUCCCAUCCCUCCUGGAGCAUAUGUGGCUUCUGUUUCCUGUGGCAGGGUGUGCAGGUGGACCCCCAGGGCCACGUGGUUGUGGAUGAGUACCAGAACACCACCAGGAAAGGGAUCUACGCGGUCGGGGAUGUCUGUGGGAGAGCCCUCCUCACUCCAGUGGCCAUUGCUGCUGGCAGGAAGCUGGCCCACAGGCUCUUCGAGGGCAAGCAGGACUCGCGGCUGGACUACGAGAACAUCCCCACGGUUGUUUUCAGCCACCCGCCCAUCGGCACCGUGGGGCUCACUGAAGAGGAGGCCGUGGCUGUACAUGGGAAGGACAAUGUGAAGACCUACAACACGUCCUUCAUUCCCUUGUACCACGCUGUCACCCAGAGGAAGGUGAAGUGUGUCAUGAAGCUGGUGUGCACUGGCAAGGAGGAGAAGGUGGUGGGAUUGCACAUGCAAGGGCUGGGCUGUGAUGAAAUACUGCAGGGCUUUGCUGUGGCCAUCAAAAUGGGGGCCACCAAGGCCGACCUGGACAACACCGUUGCCAUUCACCCCACUUCUGCUGAGGAGCUGGUGACACUGCGCUGAGGCUGCGGGCACGGACACCCCAGGGAUGGCGGCUGCAGCUGGGAAAAACGUUUGAGGUGUUUUCACAAGUGCCUUACUGCUGGGUGGGUGCCUGGAGGGUGUGUCUGUAACGUUGGUGUGGCUGGCUCUGGAGUGGGAAGUAAAGAUGCUGAUGCUGGCGAGUCGUUGCCUUUUGCUCUCUGGUGCCUGUCUCCUGCCAUGUCCAGCUGUGGAGGCCGUGGCACAGGCCAUGGAUGUAGUCUGGGAGAAAGCUGGCAGUGCUCAGGCUCCCCCUCUGCAAUCCUUAGCACAGGGGCUGGGCAGGGAGCAGCAGAGAGGGGAAGGACAGUGGGGUCCUUAGGGGUGUUUGUGGGUGCUGGGAUAUUCUGGAUGGGCUCCAUCCUCCUCAUUAGCUCAUGUUCCAACAACACUGGCUCUCCAGCCUGUCCUGACAUCACGCUUGGGGCUCAGAAGGGGGGUCCAGGCUGGGAUCAGGGACCAAAUUCUCUGUUUCCAGCCCCAUUUUCAGCAGCUGGAAGCUCCAGACCCAGCUGGGAAAGAAGCAGCACAAGUCAUGUGGGGUUUUGGGGAUCACAAUGGGGCACCCCACAGUGAGCUUGGGCCAAGCACCUUCAUGUCCUGGAAACAGAGCCCGAGGCCUGUGUUUGGGGUGGCACCCAUAAACUCAUCUGGCCAGUUUUAGGGUCCUGUAAUAAAUCAGGAAUUUUUUUGGGCUCGGAAAUGGAGGCCAAGUCCUGCCCUGUUGGCCCCAGCUGGGCAGUAUUUGGGCUGUGAAGCAGACUCCAGUCCUGUCCUGGGAGUGCAAAAGGAGGCUCAUCCCAGCAGUUUAAGGCUUCCAUCAGAGAUCCAAAAUCCUGAAUUUUGGGGCUCAGGGCAGACCCCAGACUGGUGAGGGACAGCGGGACCCGGAUGGCAGAGCGAUGCAGCCCCAGGCUGUGGGAGGAGGUGCAGGGGGCCUCAGACUCGUGUCCUUCCCCCCCACUCCCCCUUUCUUUUUCCCCCAUGUCCCUCUAUCACCCAGAUGCUCUUUACAAGGAAAAUAAAAUAGAAAUUGCACCACAGAUAAAUGCAUUUACAGCAGAACUGGAUGCAUCUGGGUAAUGUGAGCAGUCCAUGGAUGUCAAACCAGAGACCAUGCAUGGGGAUUUUAAGUUGGAUACCUGCAGAUUUCAUUUCCCAGAAACUCAGACUUUUUUUGGCACUUCUUGCUUAAAUGCUCCCCUGCUGGAAGAAGUCAGUUUUUUUUAUUGACCAGAUUACCUAAUACAGGGAGAAACAACCAGCAUUCCUUGAACACCUCCAUCGCUUCCAUAUCCAUCUGCAGUCAGGGGCCGAUGGACAGCAGCCUGUCCUGAACAGUCUCCGAGUGGGGCUGGAUGAUCCUCGAGGUCGCUCCCCACCCACGGUUGGGAGGAUAACCCAUGGUUCUGGGGCUCCGUGAUGCUUCCAUGGUCUCUCCUUGAAUUAAUUUCCCAUCGUGUCCUUCUUGCUGCUCCCAGCAGAUGGAGCCACCGGCCUUUAAAAGAGCUGGAGGUGUCCUGGUAUAGGGAACAACCCUGCUGCCCACUCAGUUGUUUUUCAAACUAAAAAGGCAGAAUUCUACAAUAAUCCAUGAUGUUCCACGGGGUACGGGAGAAGCAGAAAGAGAUUCCCUUCAAGUCUCAGUUCCCUGCAUUGUGGGUAUUUUGUUGCUCACACGAAUAACAACUCUUCACCUGAAACUCUUUGGAUUCCAAAGUGAACUCGGCAAGUUUUGGGCUUCCAGGCAGAGGGAAUGUGAAUAUGGGAAAGUGAUGGGGAGACAGAGAACUGCAGCAGUGUGUGUGUGUGUGUGCAGGGAGAGCUGGGGUCGGAAUUUUAGACAAAAUCCUCUAAUCUGGAUGCAGGGCCUUCAGGAUCCUCUCAAUCAGAGCUUUCUCUAGCUGUGGCUUUUUAGUGAAUCCAGGACCUCCUGUCCUGAGGUGACUUUAUAAUGCUUUUAUCCCCAGUUGUCUGUUCUGUUCAUGCCACAUAUUAAGUUUUGCACCUUUAUGACAAGUUCCAAGAGCAAAGAUGGGAAAUAAAAGCGCACUAUUUUGUUUUCAGAAGCAGCACUCCCUCCCCUGUGUGCUUCUCCAGACCGUACUGGCUGCAGCACACACAGCAAUAGAGCUCUCAUUUAUUUUUAAUUUAAAUAGUUUUUAACUAGCUAAAACAAACAAAAAAACAA